AUGGCUGUCAAGACCACACCUCGCCGUCGUUGCGCCUUGCCCUGCGCCCUCAUGCGCGCGGGGACGUCCAAGGGCAUGUUCAUCCACCGCAAAGAUCUCCCAGAAGACCCGGCCGCCUGGGCACCGCACCUCAUCUCCGCCAUGGGGUCAAGAUGUAACGACCCGAAGCAACUAGAUGGCGUGGGCGGCGGCACAUCUACAACGUCGAAGGUGGCCGUCGUGGCCAAGUCCACAAGGCCAGACGCCGACGUGGACUUUACCUUUGUCCAGGUGGCCGUGGGAAAGGAGGCGAUUGACGUGACGGGGACGUGUGGAAACAUUGUCUCAGGGGUAGCCCCCUUUGCAGUGCAGGAGGGCCUCGUGCGUCCAGAGCCGGGGCAGACGAGUAUGGACGUCCGAGUCUACAGCACCAACACCGACCGCAUCGUCGUCGAGACGGUCGCCCUCGACGAGCACGGCGAGUACCAGGAGGACGGCACCUAUACCAUCCCCGGGGUCAGCACCUCCGGCAGCGAGGUGCGGUGCAACUUUGUCGACCCGGCCGGCAGCAUGACGGGCCAUCUCUUCCCCUCGGGUGAGCGUCGACAGAUUCUGCGCGUGCAGUCGCCAGACGUGGAGGAGGCUCUCGACGUGCGCGUCUCGCUCGUCGACGCGGCCAACCCCUUUGUCCUCAUUGACGCACCCUAUAUCGGCACGACCCUGCGUCAGCUGCCCUCGCUCGAGGCACAGCAUGUCCUUGUUGAGGCGAUCCGGAGAGAGGGCGCGGUGGCGAUGGGUCUGGCGUCUAGCGUUGAGGUCGCCUCGAAGACACGGGGCACCCCCAAGGUCGCGCUCGUCUACCCACCUGUCUUCUCCUCCGACUCGUCGGCCAAAAAGACUUCAGAUAUCCGCGUGCAGGCCUACUCGAUGGGUCUGCCGCAUCCAAGCCUGCAGCUGACGGGUGCCGUGUGUCUGGCGUCAGCACUGUGCUCGCCGGGCACAAUUGUCGCGGACCUCGCGGGCCAGGCGGUUCUUAGUGAUGGUGAUUGUGAUGCCCUGCCCAGUCCCGAGAGGACGCCGUCGCCACCUGUCCCGGGUGCCCAUGAGCGUAGCGUCACCAUUGCGCACAGCAAGGGCACCAUUCAAGUGGGUGUCCAGCUGGAUGAGGCUGGUGGUGUCAGGGGCUGCGCGGUGUCGAGGACGGCGAGGAGGCUGUUUGAGGGUAAGGUGCGAUAUUAUGUAGAAGAGGCGUAA